UGGCAACGAGCGAUGGAACAAGUUCUGAUGGGAAUACCGGGCACCAGAUGCUACCUGGACGAUAUCAUCAUCACGGGCCACACCCUAGAAGACCACUUGACCAACUUGGAGAUGGUUCUUCAUCGGCUGGAGGAGUAUGGCUUGAAGGCUAACAAAGAGAAGUGCAAGUUCUUGAGCGAUUCCGUAGAAUAUUGUGGCCACAUAAUAUCGGCGAAAGGUCUACACACAUCGGAAAAGAAGACACGAGCCAUCACUCAGAUGCCAGUACCAUCUAGUAUUCAACAGCUGAGGUCUUUCCUUGGAAUGAUCCAAUAUUACGCCAGAUUCUUGCCAAAUCUGUCGACGGAGCUUGCACCUUUGCAUGACCUGUUGAAAAAGGACGCCCCGUGGGAGUGGGGUGAAGACCAGGGAAAAAGCUUCACCAAGGUCAAACAGAUGUUGUUGCAAGAUAGGAUUCUCACACAUUUUGAUCCUGGGUUACCAGUAACACUUGCUUGCGACAGUUCAUCCUAUGGACUAGGCGCAGUCCUUUCACACAUGUUUCCGGACGGUAGCGAACGACCCAUCGCAUAUGCUUCCCGUUCUCUAAGCGGGGCGGAGAAACAGUAUGCGCAAAUAGAGAAGGAGGCGCUUGCACUUUACUGGGGAGUAAAGAAAUUCAGACUGUAUCUGGAAGGGCACCGGUUUACACUGAUCACCGACCAUCAACCACUGAAAUUUAUUUUGAGCCCUGACAAGGCUAUUCCAGUCACCGCUGCAGCUCGACUACAACGCUGGAGUUUGUUUCUGGGAGCAUUUACAUACGACAUCCAGUACCGGCCAACAGGGCAACAUGCCAACUGUGAUGGACUAUCACGACUACCUGUGGAUGACGAGAUUCCAGAUCGAAAAGAUGAUACAGCCAUUUUUUACAAUAGCAUUGUGGAUACCUUGCCGGUUACAGCAAAAGAUAUUGAAAGGGCAAGCAGACAAGACCGCCUCAUAUCUCAGGUCAUGGAGAUGGUGCAGCAAGGAGGGCAGUCACUGGAUACAGAAAAGGAACUGAUCCCGUUCAACAGGAGGAGAAACGAAUUGAUUACACAUCAGGGGGUCCUGAUGUGGGGAUCUCGAGUGGUGGUACCAACCAAGCUUAGAGCAAGGGUGUUGGAAACCUUGCAUGAGGGCCAUCCCGGGAUGGUGAAAAUGAAGGGUUUAGCUCGGUCAUUCGUGUGGUGGCCGGGCAUAGAUGGAGACAUUGAAAGAGAGGUUCGACACUGUGUAGGAUGUCAAGAGAAUGCGAGGACACCUGGUAGAGGGCCGCUCCAUAGAUGGGAGUACCCAGCUAAACCUUGGCAGAGGCUGCACGUAGAUUUUGCAGGACCCCUCGACGGACAGAUGUAUCUUUUGGUCAUCGAUGCAUACAGCAAAUGGCCUGAAAUUUUUUCCAUGAGAAGCACCGUGGCUGAGGAGACAGUGGCAACUUUGCGGACAUUGUUUGCUCGGUUGGGCCUACCUGACCAAGUAAUAUCAGAUAACGGCCCACAGUUUACAUCAGAGUGUUUCAGAAUGUUCAUGUGCAAGAAUGGUAUUCGACAUGUCACGGGGGCACCAUAUCAUCCCGCGACGAAUGGUCAGGCGGAGCGUUUGGUGCAAUCAUUCAAGAGAGCCAUGAAAGCAGAGAAAAGGGAGAGAACAGCACAACACAAACUGGAUAGGUUUUUGCUUUCAUAUCGGAACUCCCCUCAGGCCACUACGGGACAGAGUCCGGCUCAGCUUUUGUUGGGUAGAAACAUCAAGUCAAGACUGGACUUGGUUAAACCAAGUGUGGAACGGGAAGUCAACAGCAAACUGAUACAAAACGAAUAUCGUCCGCCAAAGGGUUUUGCCAAAGGACAAGCGAUCUGGUUUAGAAAUUACCAUCUGGGCCCCAAGUGGCUUGUCGGAACCGUCGAGGAGCAAACUGGACCGGUGUCCUACAGAGUGGCAACGCCUACCAGAACACACAGGUUACACGCGGACCAAAUGAGAUCAGGGCCACAUCCUGAGGGAGUCCCUAGCAAGGAUACAGGUGCAAAGACAGAAGAGGUAGCGUUGUCUCAGCCAUUACCAGGGCGAGAGCCAGUAACUGGGCAAGAGGGGGAAACACAGACACAACAAGAAAUGGACAGCAGACAGGAAGCUCCUAACGAAUGUCAGAUACCAGAGCCACCCACACCAGUACCAGAAGGAGGAAAUGCCACAUGUACCAGGUCAGGGCGGAGAGUACUACCACCCGCUCGCUUGGUAGAAUAUGUUACGGACUAUGCAAAGUGAUUGGUUGUUUUAGCACUAGUUUAGCGCUGUUGGGUUGCGUUGUUUCAGAAUAGCACAGGGGGUGUAGAGUAGUGGCCCGGCAUAUCCGGGGAACAGCAGUUGUGUAGCCGGGUACUGUACUUGUGCAACGGACGUGAGACUGGAAGUCUAACAGAGUAUUACCGUGAGUACA